AAUCCAUAAUCACCUUCGGUGGAUAGUUAUUACAGCUCAGCACCAUUGUGGCUUUUCACUGUGGAACGAAUUCAUCCUGAGAACUUCUGAUUCAAACGAAAAAUAAGCAAAAUCAACAAACCAUGGCCAAAUUUCUGUUCUUAGCAUUCAUUGGUCUUACUGGAAUUUCUAUCGGCUUAGGAACCGACAGCUGGAGCUACUGCAGUAAUUGUGCCGAUGGCCCGUUGAGAUGGACUGGUGACUGCGCCUCUGGGAAAAGCCAAUCUCCCAUAGACAUUUCCUUGGCUAAUGCAACCUACAAGUCGUUCUCAGCCUGGAACUGGAAAAACUACGGAAGUACACUCUCGACUAAGUUCACUCAACAGAACACUGGCUCUGCUCUGCAGGUGAACCUACCAGAUAAAAAGUUCUUCGUCAGUGGUGGAGGUCUUGUAGGAAACUACACCACCGCUCAAUUUCACCUUCACUGGGGACCCGACAAUGGACAAGGUUCAGAGCACACUCUGAAUGGCGAACAGUUUGCUGCAGAGAUCCAUUUUGUCAGCUACAAUGUCAAAUACCCAAACUUGACCUACGCCGCCGCGCAGCCUGAUGGUUUGGCUGUCCUUGGUGUCUUCAUCGAGGUGGGAAGUGCAAAUUCCGCUUACGACAAAUUCCUCAAAUAUACCUCAAAAGUUGUCAAUGGAAACACAACUGCAAGCAUUGCACCUUUUCCUCUCUCUCCUCUUUUCCCAUCCAACACGAGCAAGUUCUACAGGUACCAAGGCUCCCUAACAACGCCGGGAUGUUUGGAGUCUGUCACAUGGACAGUCUUCCACGAUUCCGUAAAGAUAUCCGCAUCUCAGGUUGCUGCCAUGCGCAGUUUGAUGAUGAACGACACUGACUACAUUGGGUUGAACUACCACCCGACCCAGGCCCUUAACAUACGCACUGUGUAUGCGAGCUUCGAUGUUUCACCUGCCACAGAAACUCCGACGGUUGCUGAUUCAGCAGCUGGUGUCAAGAUGACCACGGGCCUGUUGCUGUUGAUGUUAAUCGGUGCUCUAUUCUAUAAUUAAGAUGGCUACUUCGCAUACACCUGACGCCAAUUGACUAAGACUUCCUGUACAGUUAAUGUGUGGUAUCACCUAAGAUAUAUGGUUGUGAUCAAUGACAGGGGAUUUUUGUUAAAUAAGGUUGGUGUAUGCACACACUCUUGGAAGAAACUGAAGGAGAAAACAGCAGCAAAUUUCAUAUCGCUUAUAUCCGCAAGAAGCCCUCCAAAAGAUAACCUUUCUGAUCAUUUGACAAAAACGGCCAUCUAAACAUGACUUCUGAAGAAGGUUCCUUUUUGUAGAACUGAAAAAACAUGACUACGCUGCUAAUCUCCCGAUUUCUCCUUGUACUGUGUACACCAGCCUUAUUGAUUCGUUAUUGUCUCUACUAUAAUUUUUAAGCCAACGGAAUCUUGUUUUUAUGAUUUGGUGCUGUAUUUAAAGUGUCAAACAGUGAUCCAAACUAUUUACCACCAUCAGUGUGAACGACAUUUUGUGGACUUUCGAACCGAUUAAAACCGUUCAGUGUGCGAUUCGAAAUUAAUAAAAAUUUUUUUGUCUAA